AGCUGGACCGUGCGGCCAGUGCGGGGCCGCUGCUGCGGGGCUCAGCCGCCACCUGCGCUACCUGCCAGGGGGGGCGGGCUGAAACCUGGAGGCCCGGGGGCCCCAGCUCCCGUGGGGGGAGUCUUGGGUGCCCAACUGUCCGGAUCGGGCCGGCCGCCUUGAGAUUUAAGAUUAGACGAAACAGGCCAGAGUCCCCGCUCGCCAGGCAAGGCUGCUGCUGUCAGGGCCCAGUGAUUCUGGACCAAACAGUGAGUUGACCUGACUGACCAGCAGCCUUCCGCUCACCGGGAUCUACCUAGCUCUCCUUCCGUGGUCCAUGUGCUGCACCCUCUGCCUUCAGUGUGCAACCGGCCCCAAACGCAAUGUGUGUUUGUCAAACCAUGGAAGUGGGGCAGUAUGGCAAGAAUGCAAGUCGAGCUGGAGACCGGGGAGUCCUCCUGGAGCCCUUCAUCCACCAGGUGGGCGGACACAGCAGCAUGAUGCGUUAUGACGACCAUACUGUGUGCAAGCCCCUCAUCUCCCGGGAACAGCGCUUCUAUGAGUCUCUGCCUCCCGAAAUGAAGGAAUUCACCCCCGAGUACAAAGGCGUGGUUUCUGUCUGUUUUGAGGGGGACAGUGAUGGCUACAUCAACUUGGUGGCCUACCCUUAUGUGGAGAGUGAGACUGUAGAGCAAGAUGACACAGCAGAGCGGGAGCAACCUCGCCGCAAACACUCCCGCCGGAGCCUGCACCGAGCAGGCAGUGGCAGUGACCACAAGGAGGAGAAGGCCAGCCUCUCCAUGGAGCCCUCUGAGAGCACCCAGGAGGCCAAGAGUCCAAAGAUGGAGCUGCACAGCCACUCAGAUGUUCCUUUCCAGAUGCUAGAUGGCAACAGUGGUCUGAGUUCUGAGAAGAUCAGCCACAAUCCCUGGAGCCUGCGCUGUCAUAAGCAGCAGCUGAGCCGCAUGCGCUCUGAGUCCAAGGACCGAAAGCUCUACAAAUUCCUCUUGCUUGAGAAUGUGGUCCACCACUUCAAGUUCCCCUGUGUACUGGACCUGAAGAUGGGCACUCGGCAGCACGGCGACGACGCAUCCGCUGAGAAGGCUGCCCGGCAGAUGAAGAAGUGUGAGCAGAGCACAUCUGCUACGCUGGGGGUCAGGGUCUGUGGCAUGCAGGUGUACCAGUUGGACACAGGUCAUUACCUCUGCAGGAACAAAUACUAUGGCCGUGGGCUCUCCAUCGAAGGCUUUCGCAACGCCCUGUAUCAGUACCUGCACAAUGGCCUGGACCUGCGACGUGACCUCUUUGAGCCUAUCCUGAGCAAACUGCGGGGCCUCAAAGCUGUGCUGGAGCGGCAAGCCUCCUACCGCUUCUACUCCAGUUCUCUGCUUGUCAUCUAUGAUGGCAAGGAAUGCCGGUCUGAGCUGCGUCUCAAGCACCUGGACACAGGGCUCCCUGAGCUUGCACCACCCUGUGGCCCUAGCACCAGCCCCAGCAGCAGCAACCCUGAGGCUGGCCCUUCCUCUCCACCCAAGGUGGAUGUUCGCAUGAUUGACUUUGCACACAGCACGUUCAAGGGCUUCCGGGAUGACGCUACUGUGCAUGAUGGGCCGGACAGAGGCUAUGUGUUUGGCUUGGAGAAUCUCAUCAGCAUCAUGGAACAGAUGCGGGACGAGAACCAGUAGGCCCAGUUCUGAGCCUCCAGGACCCCUUCCCCUACCCACAGGCAGGGACCAUUGCUCUGAACUUGCCAUGAGGACACACAGACUUGCUUUUAAAGGGUUAUAUUUCUCUUUGGUGUAAACUAAAAGAAAUGUUUUUAGCUGUAGCCUGGAAUCCAUAUAUAUAUAUAUAAAGUAAAGGAGGGCAGAACAUACGUCCUCUCAGCCAGGCUCCUUAGCUCUGUGGCUCUGACUGCUGUGUCCAGGCUGACUCAGGAAGUAAGAGGUAGCCCUCAUAGGCUUAGCAGCAGAGACAGGAUGCCCUUGGACUUUGGUUUCUCUUGCCUAGGUCUUUGGGUCUAUGGUUGCAGGGCCCUUGUGGGGUAAAUCCCAGGGCUGGCACAGGGUCCCUCCAUUGUUUCCCAGAAAUGGCGUGGGUUGGGUGCCCAGGUCUUGGCUUUCCAGUUUUGUGCUGUGUGUCAGUCAGCUCUAGGGCAAAUGCCCUCAGGGUAGCACAGGGCUAACUGCACAGCUGGACCCAUCCUUCUUGGGUCUGAUUUUGGCAUGGGACUAGAUUCCUGAGGCUGAGCUGAAGCCAACUUGUUGCACAGGGCAGGUCCUGGUCUCCCUAGGCCCUUAUUGGCAUGCAAACCUGCCCCUCUGUCCACACCCCCAGCCAGCCUCUCACCAAGAUCUUUUGCCUCAGGAGGCCACCCGUCCUGCUUCACUGAAGGGGUCACAGCUCUGUUUGCUGGAGAGUGUCCCUGUGGGGCUUUAGCCCAGACAGUAUUUGCAGCUCUUGGGUUGUGGAUGGGAGUCCCCUCCUCCAGUUUGGGCAGCUGUGCUGCCUCUGGGUGGGCUGCUCCGCCCAGCGCUCAGGGGCUGUGGUCCGCUCAGGGUCUUGUACUUUUCCAGGCUAAGCUCAAGGUAGCAACCCAUUGUAAGGUGUUCCAGGACUUGGGGCUGGAGGGAGAACUUUAAGACUUACUGCCUUUAGGAACAUUGGGUCCUGGGUGCAGGUGCCCAGAUUCUGCUAAUGAGUUUUGUCUGAUCAGUCCUGGGGUCUGUCAGUUUGUCCUUUUGUCCACCUGGCAGCCUGUUUUGUGAAAAACCUUCUCUUGGUCGUUAAUACAUAUUGAUUUCCUUCAUGCUUUCCUCAGCAAAAUGAAAUUCUCUUUCCCAUUUCUGUGGGGAGCUUUUGCUUGUGCCCUUCCGCAGCAGGUGCUGCCAUUUUACAAAGACCUGUUAGCAGAAUGAAUUGUCCUGAUGUUUCCCUGCUGGUCCAGCAGCCUUCCGUGGGCAUAACGUGUGGCCUUCAGCACCGACAGUGAGGCAAUGGAGACUCAACCAAGGGGUGAUCUGGCCCAUUGUUUUAGCCAUUUCUGCUACCAGCUUUUUCAUGGCAGAGUCCUGCUGACUAAGCCAAUGCCAAGGGUAACACCCUCCAAGUGUAGGGCCACUGUCAUUAUCACUUGAUAUUAAAAGAUAAGCCUGCUGCCAGCCCUUGACAGGCAUUGGUAACUGGUGGUGUAGUUCCCCAGUUCCUAGAGAUGUGCCUCAGAAAUGGGCUCUUUGGUGGAUCCCAGUGCAGGCUCCUGGCCAUGCUGCUGGUGAUCAAGUUCCCAUUCCUUAGGGCCGGGAGGUACAGCUUUGCCUGCUUCUGGUUAGUAACAACUUUUCUGUGCUAUUCUGUGGCUUCGGCCAUUUGUUAGCAUGGACAGUCUUGUCUUUCCUGGCAGGAUAGAGGAGAAGACAAAAGAUUUGGGGCCAUUGACACUUGGUUGGAACAUGCUGUGCCUCCAGUUUCCAAAUUCUGGGAGCAGAUGCUCCAUCUGCUGCUUGCUGUUCAUAGCAAAGAAGGCUGUACUCCCACAGGGUGCUCUGCCCCUGCAGAAUCCAAGGCCUGAGACUGGCUACUUCUCCCCCAGGGCAGGGCCCCACUUCAGCACUUUUAAUAUCUGAUCGGUGGUGUCUGCACACACUUUGCCACUGCUCUUCUAUCUGUCCCUGCCUGCCCUCCCAGCCCCAAAUAGGGACCAAAGUGCAACUCGGGAUCAUGGCUUGAGGAGUUCAGGUCACCCAUCCCCGUAGUACUUCCCUGGGGCAGGUCCACACCAGCCUCCAGGGAGGUGUGUGUGAGUGGGAUGGGCGGGGUGGUACUCAAAGAGUAAGGAGACCAGUGUAACAACUUGUCAGGGACCCCAUCUCUGGGCCUCUGAUAGGGUGGGGAUCCUCACGUAGGGCCCACGGGUCUGGAUUAGUUAAAUGUUCACUGCUCACACGCUCACUCACACCUGGCCACGUGCACGUUCUCUAGAUGCAGAUUGCUUUGAACUUUACAGCUGUACAAUUUGGUUAUGUGUGCCCAUUUAAAAAUAUUUUAAUGAGGAGAAAGGAGAACUCGGACGGGACAUGCUUCCUUUGCUUCUCGGGGGGGAAUUUUAAGACCUCGAAUUUCGGGAACCGCUCUCUGCUCUCCUUUCCUGGAAGCUCUGUCUACCCUCACACCCCGGGGGCCGCGCCCGUAUGGCCCAGUGGCGUGUUCCCGGGCCCUGUGUGUGGUGGAGGGGACGUGCUCGGCCCGAGCCAGCCCCUUUUCUGUACACCCAGCGCUGCCCGCCCCGCUUGUGUCAGGUCGUAUAUGUCAAAAUAAAGCCGCUAGAAACUGAA